AUGUCAUUUGCAGCUCCUCCAUUUGCUCCACCUCAUAUCGAGUCCUCCGUGAAGCGCGUGAGGGUGCUUUUCGGGGGUAAGUAUGUAGUAGACACGACGCACGCAAAACUUGUCUGGGAGAAACCUUUCUACCCGACCUAUUUCUUCUCGACAUCCGACCUGAACCCCUCGUACCUCCGCGAAUCUUCUGAUAACAAAGAGCGUGGAACGAAGGUUUACGACUUGGUCGUCGGUAAACGCGAGGCAAGGGACGCUGUAACUGUGUUCACAGAUCAAGCAAGCGACACCAAGGAUUUGGCUGGGUUACUCAAAAUCGAGUUCUCAGCUGCCGAUGCGUGGCUUGAAGAGGAUGAACGGGUCUACGUUCAUCCCAAGGACCCUUACAAGCGCGUAGAUGUAUUACAAUCUUCUCGCCACGUGCGCAUUGCGGUCGGUGGUGUCGAACUCGCAUCGACGAAUCGCCCUCGUUUGUUAUUCGAAACGGGGCUUCGCGUCAGGACGUAUAUGCCUCUCACAGAUGUCCACGUCGAGCUUCUCAGGCCGUCUGAUACAGUCUCGGAGUGUCCUUACAAGGGGGUAGCAAAUUAUUACAACGUUCAACUGCCGAACGGUGAUGUACACAAGGAUAUCGUGUGGUACUACCGUACCCCGCAGCCCGAGUGCGGUCAGAUCGCAGGUUACGUCGCUUUCUACGAUGAAAAGGUUGAUGUCUGGGUUGACGGCGAAAAACAAAAAUGA